UUCAUCAUGGGACAGGGGGAAGCCUUUUACUACAUAUCCCACAACACACUUCGGCAUUUGAGUUGUGUGUGUAUGCGAGGCAGCGAGAGAGGGGAAGAUUCAGGAAUUCGUCUGCAGAGUCGGAGCUGCGCUGUUCCACAAUCAUGGCAUAGCAGUCCAGUUAACUGCUAACUGUGCAUUUGUGUGUACUUUGGGUUAUGAGCAGCGGUGAGACGCCUCGCUACAACCGAUACUCCAUAGCAGCCGUCCCCAGCAGCCCCCGACCCCCCCAGCAGACUCCGGCAACAGGAGCAGGAUGGAGGCUUCAUUUGGCCCUACCUUCUCAGCCGUGGCUGCUGGAGCUAAAGCAGAAGGGUCCACCACCUACAAGCAGCAUAGAAGAACUCCCUCCUCCUCCAGCACUCUGACCUACUCUCCCCGGGAUGAUGACGACGGAAUGCCUCCUAUCACCCCUCGGAGGUCAGAUUCAGCCAUCUCAGUCCGGUCUCUCCAUUCCGAGUCCAACAUGUCUCUGCGCUCCACUUUCUCUCUGCAUGAAGAGGAGGAGGACACGGAGCCCCAGGUGUUUGCUGAACAGCCAUCCGUAAAGCUGUGCUGCCAGCUGUGCUGUAACGUCUUCAAGGACCCCGUUAUCACCACAUGUGGGCACACCUUCUGCAGACGAUGUGCCUUGACUUCAGACAAGUGCCCAGUGGAUGCGGCUAAGCUAACGGUCGUGGUGAACAACAUUGCGGUAGCCGAGCAGAUAGGGGAGCUUUUCAUUCACUGUAAAUAUGGCUGCAGGGCCACAGCCAGCGCUGCAGGUGGGGCAGCGGUCUCCACCUCCACAGUGGCUGGGAAACCUGGAGCGUAUGAGGUGGACCCACUGGGCUGCCCGUUCACCAUCAAACUGUCCACACGCAAAGAACAUGAGGCCAGUUGUGACUACAGGCCAGUCCGCUGCCCCAACAACCCUUCCUGCCCCCCGCUGCUCACCAUGAACCUGGAGGCUCACCUCAAAGAAUGUGAGCACAUCAAGUGUCCACACUCCAAAUAUGGCUGUACAUUCAUCGGUAACCAGGACACGUAUGAGACACACCUGGAGGUGUGUAAAUUUGAGGGUCUGAAGGAGUUUCUGCAGCAGACUGAUGACAGGUUCCAUGAGAUGCAGCUCACUCUGGCCCAGAAGGACCAAGAUAUUGCUUUCCUGCGAUCUAUGUUGGGCAAACUAUCUGAGAAGUUAGACCAGCUAGAGAAGAACCUGGAGCUAAAAUUUGAUGUGUUGGAUGAGAACCAGAGUAAACUGAGCGAGGACCUGAUGGAAUUUCGUAGAGAUGCUUCCAUGCUUAACGAUGAGUUGUCCCACAUCAACGCUAGGCUCAACAUGGGAAUCCUGGGCUCAUACGACCCCCAGCAGAUCUUCAAGUGUAAGGGGACAUUCGUUGGCCACCAGGGUCCUGUUUGGUGUCUGUGUGUCUACUCCACUGGUGACCUACUCUUCUCUGGAUCCUCAGAUAAGACUAUCAAGGUAUGGGACACGUGCACCACCUAUAAGUGUCAGAAAACCCUCGAGGGUCAUGAUGGCAUCGUACUGGCACUGUGUAUCCAAGGAAACAGGCUGUACAGCGGCUCUGCAGACUGCACCAUCAUCGUGUGGGACAUCCAGACCCUGCAGAAAGUCAAUACUAUCCGUGCCCAUGACAACCCUGUAUGUACACUGGUCUCCUCCCACAACAUGUUGUUCAGCGGCUCCCUCAAGGCCAUUAAGGUGUGGGACAUCGUGGGUACGGAGCUGAAGCUGAAGAAGGAGCUAACCGGUCUGAAUCACUGGGUUAGAGCACUGGUGGCCUCCCAGAACCACCUGUACAGCGGCUCAUAUCAGACCAUCAAGAUUUGGGACAUCCGCUCUCUGGAGUGUGUUCACGUCCUGCAGACGAGCGGGGGCAGUGUCUACUCCAUCGCUGUCACCAACCACCACAUUGUGUGUGGGACCUAUGAAAACCUCAUCCAUGUGUGGGACAUUGAGUCAAAAGAGCAGGUGCGGACCCUGACAGGUCAUGUGGGAACAGUUUAUGCUCUUGCUGUCAUCUCCACCCCUGACCAGACCAAAGUGUUCAGCGCCUCCUACGACCGCUCACUCAGGGUGUGGAGCAUGGACAACAUGAUCUGUACCCAGACCCUGCUGAGACACCAGGGCAGUGUAACCGCUCUAGCUGUUUCCAGAGGGCGCCUCUUCUCUGGAGCUGUCGACAGCACCGUCAAGGUGUGGACAUGCUAAACAGUUUGCUCUGCAGGAGUCCAGUCAACUUCAUGUCUUUAUGAACGGUAACCUUUCCAUGUGAUUUCCUCCUCCGUACCGUUUCUUUGAUUGUGAUUUAACGGCCAUAGACCAAUAAUAACCGUCACUUCACAAUCAAGCUCAAUCAUCGGAACCAUUUUACUAAGUGUUGCUUUAAACAAACCCUCCGACGCCUUGACCGGAUUGUCAGGGUCGAGGGUCAACUCGGGGGUCACGCUCCUUAGUGACCUCAUCACCAGUGCAUUACGGGGCAAAAUAAGACAAGCUGCCUUACAGUUGCACCGCAUUGUGUCAAACCCAAGAUGGACUGGAUGCUGCACCCCUGUAAUAAGAGCAGGAAGCAGAGAGUUUUCAAACUGUAGUCCUGCCUGCUUCCUGCGGACACACCUGCCGUUUAAGAACUGUACUGAUGAUGCCUAAUGCAUACUGUUCAAACAAGUCUGAGGGCUGGUUUCACAAGCUUGGAGUGACGCUCUCUCUCUGCCCGCUGAACUGCUGUUCAGCGGGCAGAGAGAGAGCAGGGGAAAACAAUGUGUACAGUCUCCAUAUUUUCACAUCUAACUCUGUGAAAUAAGUGUUUAUUUCAACCAAACCAGAGUUGGUGCUUGUUGGAAAGACUAACCAAGACGGUUAGUUAGACGGUUGUAUGAGGUACUUAAUCCAUAGUCAGUGUCACCGUCAUCUACUCUAUGUAAGUAGAUGACGGUUGAUGACACCCCCAGUUUUGAGAAACAGGCAGAAGUAGCAGCUAGAGAUGGGCCAGCGUAAACAUUUUCAAACCAGUUUGAUAUUAAGCCACAACACCAGACACCAUACUGAAUUUUACCACUAGGUGUUGCACUUGACUCAGCUUGUCACAAAAUGAGAAGAGCUGGUCCACCUUAACAGCCCACCUUAAGUGAGCCUGGGCUGAAGUUGUCGCUAACUUCUGAGCUUACCUUCUUUCACUUUAGUCAGCAGGUGACAAGCAGGACACAGGAACUUGGCUUGGGUCUUGAGAAGUUGUAGCAUUUAUUCACCGACAGUCUAAAGUGUCCACACACUGCUCACAAGGGCAGGGGGCUCACUGAACCCCUUACAAAUGCAUCUAUAGUUUUUAUAAUAACGCAGAACUAAUCAUUUAUUGUAAUGAUGAAUCAUAUCAACCUUAUUGUGUCUUCAUAUUGACAAAAUGAGAAACCAACAAGAUAGAAUCAAAAAAACAGAAUCAGCUGUGUGGUCCAGAUCAGACAGGAGAUGUAACCACUUUAAAGAUGGGUGAGUACUACUUGCUAUCUUCUGACGUUUGUAUUUUUUAAACAAAAAACAGGUUUUAUACUGCAAUAUUUACUGAAAAUGACAUACAACACAGCUAACAGUAGCCUCAGUAAACUUUCAGGCCAUCUCCCAUCUCCCUCCAGCCAGCUGCCACCUUAUUUAGGUGUUUGUAGUGAAAUGAGGAGAAAUCCUAUCCUCAUGUCAACUUCAUGAAUCAGCCAUUCGUCUGUUGUGGCGCUUUCAAAGUGAGCGACAGGAAUAAAUAGAAACAGGGCGUCCGACAAAAGUUCAGCUCAAAAUGUUGCGCUGCUCCGUCGCUCCGUCACUCCGUCGCUCGUGGCCAGUUAGGACAUUUCAGUAGAAAACAAUGCAAUCAAAGUGAUUUUGUCACUGACGCUGGCUCACGUUGCAUUCUGUUUGGAGGGUGAAAUAAUGUAGGCUAAACACAUCCCAAUACAUUAGACCUCUCUGUAUUGUACACAUUACUUUUCCUCUCGAUUUUUUUGCGAACCCCCAACCUAAAGUUCAAACUGUGCCUAUGACACUGCUACUGCUAUGUUCACAGCUGAAAGGUUAUUACCUCAUUAUUAUACAUCGCUCGCUCCCUCUCUGGCUAACGUUACGGGGCUGGCAGUCGGGCUUGCAAUACGCUGUCUGGCGGAAGCCGUCACCCCAAAAAACACGUUCUUUCUAGUACACAAUCACAACGUGCGCCGUGUGCCCCUUCCCCUUUCCUGCCACCGCUACUUACAUUUGAUCUCCUUCAUGUUGUCAGUGUUAUGUCGAAGUCACUGGCCUCGGUUCAGCAGAUAUGCACGGCCUAUCAGAUACUAGUAACUUGGUUAGUCUGUUUCUAAACAAACAUAAAGUUCUGUUAAUCAUGUUGUCAUAUUGCUUUUGACUAAUGCAAUACAAGCUGGAUUUAGCGCCGUGACGCCGUCGGCACCUGUUGCUGAUGUCAACUAUUCUUUAGUUUGCCAGAACGUGUCAUAAUGACAAAUGCAAGUUGAGCUGACUGUCAAGGCAGUUAGUCGCCGGCCCAGAACCGGGUUCCGCCCAAAGGUUCUACCCAUUAAAGGAGAGUUUUUUCUUGCCAUUGUUGUAACUAGUGCAUGCUCAUGGGGGAUCUCUUGUUGGGUCUCUAAAUUAUAGAGUACGGUCUAGACCUGCUCUACGUGAAAAGCAUCUUGGGAUAACUUCUGUUAUGAUUUGACGCUAUGCAAAAAUAAAUUGAAUUGAAUUGAAUUGAACUGGUUGGCAUAAAAUCAAACUGGUGUAAGCUCACUGGACCGGACAGGCAGAACCAGAAAUCGACCCAACUCUAGUACCAGCAGGAAGCAAUGUGCUGCUGUGGACGGGGACAGCAGCAAAAUGUAUGUUAGCCGCCUGAAAUCAUCAAUAUCAUAGUGUACGCUAUUUUAUAGAAUCUUUUCUGUGCUUUACCUCGCCGUCAGACAGCCCUUUCUGACCUUAUAUCCAUCUAUGCUCUCUUCAAAGCCACCAUACUCCAUUGAAAAAAAAAAAACAGCCAUUUGACCUUCCAGAAUAUGGGAGCUUCUGCUCUAAAGUCUCAGUUUAUAUUAUUCAUAAUCAUUUUUUAGUGUGAGCUCUUUGUGUCACCAGAGCCCAUCGAUAGACACAGAAGCAUCAAAGUGCUACAUGGUCUACAUGUCACCAGAAUUUGAUUUCAGAAGGAUUUAAUGAGACAGAAUUGAGUUACCUGUUUAACUUUCCACCAGUUAGUGUAUUGAUAAUAGCGUUGGCUGAGCAGAUGUCCAGAGCAAGAGCGUUUGUCUCUUAGCCCUUCAUUUUAGGACGCAGGUGUACUAACAUUUCCUCCCUCCUUGAUUAUUGUGGUUGUCACCCAGAACUCUGUGAAACCAGCCUUUCUAAAACACCUUUUAAUAAGAGAAUGAUCUAUAGAUUUACUGACUUUUAUAUUAGUGCCAUGAUAGAGCUGUAUUCAGAGCCAUUAACGGUUGUACAGUUGUGUAAAAUAAGAUAGUGCCGAGCCUGGACACGUGCACAUGAGGACGACUCACACUGGCCUACAUAACAGAGAGGGACAGGGAGAGGGGAAGAGAGUCCGUGUGCAUGUAUGUGUCUGCUAUUGUGUGUAUGUGUGUGUUUCAAUGAGUGCCAUAUGUCUGGAUGAAAGGUCAGGAAAGACUGUAAUUAAGUGUCUUUUUCUCCCCUCUUUCUGCCCCCCCCCCCUCUAUGAUCUCUAACUUCAACUGGUUAGAAUGAACAUAACUACAGAUUAACACUGAUUGUUGUUUUAUGACUGUAACACUCGAUGGACUGACCGUGAAGGCAAGCAGGUGAUUGUAUGUAAUUAACCUUUAAACUCCCACAGACAAAUACAUAGAAGUUCUAAAGUAAAGUUCUGCUUUCUUAAAUUAUGUUUCAGGACCCAUAUUGGGUUGAGAAUAUGAAAACUGACUAAAUAUACCUGGGAGGGUAGUUUUUAAGUUUCUGAGACACGUGGGCUAAAUUAGGUUUUUACAGAUGUUCAGAGUCAUGUUGCCUUCAUUUCAGUGCAGAACCGGUCACUACUUCCUGUAGUCUUGGUGAGGAAGGUAGUGGAGAAGGGAGGAAGUGUCUUCACUGGUCAGUUUCAGUGAUUCCUUGUAUACUUGUAAUCAUGUAAGCCUGAGUUGAUCAUUGAUCAAUAAAACUGUUGUACACUUUGA